AGCUUGUUAAGCUCAUGUCAGAUUAGGGUUGAUAGUUAUAAACAUCACUCAUCUCAUAAUUGUGCGUCUAUUUUCCUUCAACAGAGCUCAUCUUCUCAACUGGCGGAAUAGACAGCCGCGUGAAAAAUGGCAAGAGGCUUGAAGAAACACUUGAAGAGGCUUAAUGCCCCAAAACAUUGGAUGCUUGACAAACUUGGCGGUGCAUUUGCCCCAAAGCCAUCAUCUGGUCCUCACAAGUCAAGGGAAUGUUUGCCUUUGAUCCUUAUUUUGCGGAAUAGGCUGAAGUAUGCUCUUACAUAUCGUGAAGUUAUUGCUAUUUUGAUGCAGCGGCAUGUUCUUGUUGAUGGGAAAGUUAGGACAGAUAAAACAUACCCUUCUGGUUUCAUGGAUGUUGUGUCAAUUCCAAAGACAAAUGAGAACUUUCGUCUCCUCUAUGACACUAAGGGCCGUUUUCGUCUCCACUCCAUCAGAGAUGAUGAGGCAAAGUUUAAGUUGUGCAAAGUCAGAUCUGUUCAGUUUGGUCAAAAAGGGAUCCCAUACCUGAACACCUAUGAUGGGCGCACCAUCCGCUACCCAGAUCCACUUAUCAAGGCUAACGAUACCAUCAAGCUAGACCUAGAGAGCAACAAGAUCACUGAGUUCAUAAAGUUUGAUGUGGGAAACGUUGUUAUGGUCACGGGAGGUAGAAACAGGGGGCGAGUUGGAGUCAUCAAGAAUAGAGAGAAGCACAAGGGGAGUUUUGAAACUAUACACAUUCAAGACGCCACUGGUCACGAGUUUGCUACUCGCCUGGGCAACGUCUUUACAAUUGGAAAAGGGAGCAAACCAUGGGUGUCUCUACCCAAGGGUAAGGGUAUCAAGCUGUCAAUCAUUGAAGAGGCCCGGAAGAGGCUUGCUGCUGCCCAAACUGUUGCUUAGAAAUUUAUGGAAAGUUGUGUGUGUUGCUGAAGUUACUGAUGUUGGCCUUAGUGUCAGUCUUUGCUUUUUUUAGCUAAUUGUUUUGAUCUUACGCCAAACCAGUACUAGAGCUUUAUUUUUAUCAUCUAUGGGCACAAUUUUGAACUAUACUUGUUUUUGAAUGUCAAUUAGCUUUUCAUUGGUGAA